AUGACGUUUAAUGGGCGUGUGUCUUUGCGCUGCACGUCUCGUUUCAGUCUGGGCUGGGUUCACUUCCGGGAGGUUGGAUGGAAUUUGAAAAGCAAAACCGCCAAAAUGGAGGCAGCUGCUGCACUGCUGCAGUAGUGGCGGCGGCUGAGGAGGAGGAGUAGGGAGCGGAGGGGACCUGUGCUGGCAUCGAUGCUUCCACCGUGCCCGGGGUAUCCGGCUCCGGGCUGCGCUCUGCUGCAUUGCUGCUAUGCAAACACCUAGUGAUGGGGGCUCAACCCCCAGGAGUAGGUCAUCAAGAGCCAGUGUUCAUCAAAGCUCUAAGUAUCCUCAUGGAAGCAUAACUUCUGCUCGUAGACGGUCAUCAUUACGCUGCCCGUCCAAGCGGAAGAUCCUGCGCAGCACUCCCUUGGUGGAGACUCUUGACCCAUCGAAGGCUGCUUUGCUGCUCCAGAAACAAUGGAACCUGUACAGCGUGACACCGAUGUGUAAAUUCUCAUACUCCAGACUGAGAGACUAUUCUAAACAUCUGUCUGCCCACAUAGUCGCUGAGAAGCAGAAGGGCUUUGCCGUUGAGGUAGGCUCAGAGAUGAGCCUAAAGGCCAUGUUUUCCUCUUUACCUGGACUUAAAGGGAAAGACAGCGAUCCACUCGCAAUUCUUAUUCAGAUUUCAUCCAAACCCCAAUUCGCCAAGGUGGGUGCAGAAGACCGGAUUGUGUGGACCGGGUGGUUCUGUGGGACAUACACAGAUGACGAAAUAUUGGAAGUGUUGCCAGAGACUUUCACUUGUUUACCACUGUUUCUUAUUAACGGGGCAGAGACACUGACCGCCAUUGUAGGUACCUGGUUCCAAAGGAGCUUUGACUGUUGUUUCGGUAAACUGACUAUAAAUUCUCGGGAGCUUACGUGGCUGACCGCCAUAUGGACUGGUUACGAAGUACACGGGCAUGUGCGCUCUACAGAGCUUGUUUUUUCUGUGCCAGUUGAGCCGCACAUGGACAUUUCUUACACAAUCCAUCCAGAGGAUUUCAAGACUUUGUGGAAUAAUAUUCACAAAUCUGUGGAUGAGGUAACGGUGAAGGAGAUAGAUGAUUUAUUUCAGUGUCUAUGUUCACAUUUCUUCAGACACUUUAAAAUCUACUUAUCGGCAGCACAGUUUGUGAAGGUGACCACAGCCGUAGCUGCAGCACACUGUGAUGGCAAAGUAAAGUUCUUCAGCAAAGACUACCUGAUACGGGUGCUUGGAUUUCUCACAGAACUGGCAAUGAACAAUAUCCAGUAUUAGACACUGCACAUAGACUGCCAUCAGAGACUUUGUGGGAGCGUUUUGUCUUUCCACAUAUUCAGAAACCUCUACCUUGGAUUGUACAGAUGUUACACCCGCCAUUCACACACUUGUCAUGUUAUUACAGUCCCGCGUGAUACCAGUCUUGUGCUCUACAGCGUUUCCUUGUGCUCCAUUGUUUUAAUGUCCGCUGGAUGAAUUGGCACUUUUGUUAUGUGUUUUUUAAAUGAUAGUGUUGUCUGCUAAAAUGUCCUAUUUUUAAAAUAAAGCUUUUCCCCGAAUGCGGCCAGCGAA